GCCCUCCGCUCCCCGCCGCCUCCCGCCGCCCUCCUGCUCGCCCUGCUCCUGCUCCUGACCGGGCCGCUCGGCGGGGCCCGCGCUUUGACAUGCCUGUGCUCUGACUGCAAACACGCCAACUCCACGUGCGAGACGGACGGCGCCUGCAUGGUCUCGGUCUUCAACCUGGACGGUGUCAAACACCACGUUCGGACCUGCAUCCCUGAGGCAAAACUGAUUCCUGCUGGGAAACCCUUCUAUUGUCUGAGUUCAGAGGAUCUGCGUAAUACUCACUGCUGCUACUCCGAUUUUUGCAACAAAAUCGAUCUAAUGGUUCCCAGUGGACACCUGAAAGACAACGAGCCCCCGUCAAGCUGGGGUCCUGUGGAGCUGGUGGCGGUGAUCGCCGGGCCCGUCUUCCUGGUGUUCGUUGUCAUGAUCAUCGUCGUGUUUGUGUUCCACCACCACCAGCGAGUCUAUCACAACCGCCAGCGCCUCGACAUGGAGGACCCUUCUUGUGAAAUGUGCCUUUCCAAGGACAAGACCUUGCAAGAUCUGGUCUAUGAUCUCUCCACCUCCGGCUCUGGCUCAGGCUUGCCUCUGUUUGUCCAGCGGACCGUGGCUCGGACGAUUGUCCUUCAGGAGAUCAUCGGCAAAGGGCGCUUCGGGGAGGUGUGGCGGGGCAGGUGGCGUGGAGGUGACGUGGCUGUGAAGAUCUUCUCUUCCCGUGAGGAGCGCUCCUGGUUCAGGGAAGCGGAGAUCUACCAAACGGUGAUGCUGCGGCACGAGAACAUCCUGGGGUUUAUUGCUGCGGAUAACAAAGAUAACGGGACCUGGACUCAGCUGUGGCUCGUCUCCGACUACCACGAGCACGGCUCUCUCUUUGAUUACCUGAAUCGCUACACGGUGACUAUCGAGGGCAUGAUCAAGCUGGCCCUGUCUGCUGCCAGCGGGCUGGCCCACCUGCACAUGGAGAUCGUGGGCACUCAGGGAAAACCUGGGAUCGCUCACAGGGACCUGAAAUCCAAGAACAUCUUGGUGAAGAAGAACGGCACGUGUGCCAUCGCCGACCUGGGCCUGGCCGUGCGGCACGACUCGGUCACGGACACGAUUGACAUCGCGCCAAACCAAAGGGUUGGAACCAAACGGUACAUGGCCCCAGAAGUCUUGGAUGAAACCAUCAACAUGAAGCAUUUCGAUUCGUUUAAAUGUGCCGAUAUAUACGCCUUGGGCUUGGUCUACUGGGAGAUUGCCCGAAGGUGCAACGCAGGAGGUAUCCAUGAGGAGUAUCAGCUCCCCUACUACGACCUCGUACCCUCUGACCCUUCCAUUGAGGAGAUGCGGAAGGUCGUGUGUGACCAGAAGUUACGGCCAAACAUCCCAAACUGGUGGCAGAGCUACGAGGCACUACGGGUGAUGGGCAAGAUGAUGCGGGAGUGCUGGUACGCCAACGGAGCGGCUCGGCUCACGGCCCUCCGCAUCAAGAAAACCCUGUCCCAGCUCAGCGUCCAGGAAGAUGUGAAAAUUUAGGCUCUGAGCCUCAGCAGGAGGAAACCGCACAGGAGCUGCUGUGCUAAGAGUAGACGUGUGACGGAGGCCUACCUCGUGUUUCAGCCCAACCUACUGCUACAACCAGACAGCGGGACCUGCAGGCUGCUCGGCAGCAGGGGGACGGAGCCUACAGAGCCGCUCUCUUCCCUGCUCGGGUAUGAAACAAUCCGAAACCUUUUGUGAUCACCUCCUGAGAGCGUGGAGACUUGAGGGCGACUUCGCCCGGAGGCGUCUUCUCAGCCCCGAUCUCGACUCUUUGUGGAAACCCCUGUAAAGUUCAGCGUGCGUCGAGCACCCCUCGGCGGGGUCGGAGCCAGCCCCGGGCGCUCGGGAAGGGGAAGGGAAAGUUUUCUUGCCGUACUCUCGAGGAUUUUUUUUUUUUGGUUUUUUUUUUGGUUUUUUUUUCCCCCCCAGGGACUGGCAACGUUAAUGCAGAAAAAAAAAAAAAAAAAAGGCAAAACAAAUGGUGCUCUCUUCCAAGAGGCUGAGCCGGAACAGUUUUUGAUCAGCUUCACGAAACCGUUCUCCUUUUCUUUAAGCUUGAAAAAAAAAACAAAACACAACAAAAACAAACAAACGAACGAAACAAAAAAAAUCCGACUUGCGGGGCCGCGCCGGCGCCUGCAUGCGCGAGGUCGCGCGCGUUCCCCGCGCCCCCCCCGUCGUCUCCCCCGUGGCCGUGCGGUGUCUCUGCCUGUGGGUGGCUCAUCUCUGUCCGUGCUUCCUGUGCAUGUGCGAAUCUCGAGUGUCCCCGUUGCGUGAGCUGUGUGCCGCUGGUGCUCUCCGUGCUGAGUCGUGAGCGUCGUGGAGCUCGGGCGGGCUGCCGCCGAGAGCGGAUUCCCCGGCUCCCCCGCGAUGGGCUUGUCCCGUCAGGUCGCCUCACUGCCACCCCUUCCCCUUUUUUUUUUUUUUAUAUAUAUAAGGCAAAAAUAAGGAACUGAGAAGCGCCCCUGGAAUCCAGGUUGGGGUUUUUUUUUUUGGGGGGAGGGGUGUUAUUUUUUUUUGUCUUGAGCCCCUGGGGUUUGUGGUUCUCCGUAGCGGGGAGCUGAGGCGCGGCAGAGGCGGAGCAGGCGCUGCGGCCGGCGCGUGGGGAAGGGCAGGGCUCGCUUCUCCUGGGAGCAGAAUUCCCAGCUGUGCCACCCUGGCGGAUUCCUGGGGGCCUGCUGAUGGCAGCGCUGCAGGCUGGGGACAGAGUGGCUGGGCAGUGCCCAGGAGCAAAGGGACCUGGUGACAGCCACGAACAGGAGGCAGCAGUGUGCCCAGGUGGCCAAGAGGGCCAAUGGCACCUGGCCUGGACCAGCAGUGGUGAGGCCAGCAGGAGCUGGAGGUCGUCCUUGCCCUGUGUUGGCCCUGGUGAGGCUGCGCCUCGAGUGCUGCGCCCAGUUCUGGGCUCCCCAGUUUAGGAAGGACGUUGAGGGGCUGGAGCGUGUCCAGAGGAGGGAAGGAGGCUGGUGAAGGGUUUGGAACACAAACCCUGUGAGGAGUGGCUGAGGGAGCUGGGGUUGUUUAACCCGGAGAAAAGGAGGCUCAGAGGAGACCUCGUCACUCUCCACAGCUCCCCGAAAGGUGCCUGGGCUCAGCUGGGGUCGGUCUCAGCUCCCAGGCAAACCACUGACAGAGUGUGAGGACACAGCCUUGAGCUGCGCCAGGGGAAGUUCAGGUUGGGCAUCAGAAAAAAAAAAAAAUUCUUCACUGGAAGAGUGAUUGGGCACUGGAAUCUGCCCAGGGACGCGUGGAGUCACCGUCCCUGGACGUGCUUGGGAAAAGACUGGACGUGGCCCUCAGUGCCGUGGUUUAGUUGAUGAGCAGGUGUUAGGCUGGGCCUUAGGUUGGACUUGAUGAUCUCCAAGGUCUUUUCCAGCCCUGGCUCAUUCCGUGAUCUGAGUUCUGGGGGUGCUCUGCACCUCCCGGGGGCGCUGGGCAGGAUCCGACAGCGGGUGUGGGUUGGGAAAUCAGCGUCCACCCUUUGAACAUAGAUGUAUAAAUAUCUCCUAAUGUGGAAGUGGCUGUGUCUCCGUGCGGGGUGGGGGGAUCUGCGUGGGUUUUCUUUUGAUUCAGUCCUGAAUCCAGGUGAGGGAGAGGUGGGGUGACUCCAGCAAACGUGGAGUGAGGGCUGUGGAGGUCAGGUCAGUGUCUGCAGUAGAGAACUCUGAAGCCAUAACUUUUAACUGGAGUGGUUUGGAUUAUUAUUUUUUUAAUUAUUAUUGUUAUUAUUACUGUUGUUGUUGUUUUCUGGGAGGGUCUGGAUUUUAACUUUUUUGAAUAUUGUUAAUUCUUUCUAAGAGCAGAAAAAAAACAAUCUCUUAAUUAUUACCUCUUGACCUGUUGGUUUGUAAAGAAAUCGCUGCAAAAAGAAAAAAAAAAAAAAUAGAAAAAAGAAGGAAAAAAAAAAAACAAAAAACCAAAACAAAGAAACAAAUGCACAGAGCUUGAUUUACACUGGAACUGUUUCUACUCUGACCUUGCUCCUGCUCUCUAAGGUGAGGUUUCAUCUCCGCUCCGGCCGCCAGGGUUUAAUCUUGAUUUCAGUCCCUCUGUCCUUGCCGUGUGUCCGUGCGUCCCUCUGCCCCGAUCCCCCGUGUGUCCGUGACCUUGUACAAAGUGAGCAGUGUGGUUUUUCCAUCGCGUCAGGAGCCCUUCUGCAUCCCCCGAGGAGUUUUUUGGCAGCCUGGAUCAGCCGUGGGAGCAGGGACGGGAUCUCCCCUGUCCCCUCCCAGCUUUGUCCCGCGUCACGACCCCGGGUUCCCCGUUGCACGUGUCCCUUAAACCUGGGUUUAAAAUCUGAGGGGGGGGAUCUUACAAACCCUUGCAGCAGGCGGGGGGAGGCCAGGAGAGGGGGCAUCACCCGGCUGUGGGCACCGCGGGCUCUCGCUCUUGGCUCGGGCGCCCGCGGGUGCCGCCGGCUCCGCGCCUUGCACUGAACUCGCCCCCCUCCAACCGUAGCCACACUACAGCUGCCUCAGCGCCAAACCAAACAGGGGAUGGGGUGGGAAAGGGCUGAGGAGAGGGCGGCUCCUGCCCUCGCCAGCGGGAUUUUAGGAAAAGCUUCGUUUCGGGAGAUCCGAGGGGGGGAAAAGCCCGAGCAGGAGCGCUGACCAUGUAGCAUUUACACAGCACUUUGAUGCCAACCCGGUGCCCGGGGGUGCCCGGUGCCCGCCGAGCUGACGGAGCUCGUGGGAGUCGCUGCCUGGUUCCGAAGUUGGCGGCAGCUCUGGGGAAAAAAAAAAAAAAAGCAGAAUUCCAGGCGGUUCUGAGGGGAGCCCGGUGCAGGAUGAGGAGAGGGGGGGGAUCCAUCAGCGGUACGUGGCUGCAGGACAGAACUCUUGGUACUUCUCUGCCCCUUUGAUUUGUUUGGUUUUGUACAUUUUUCUUAGCAAAGGACUGUAAGAAAAUAGCCACUUAGCCACUUUACCUCUUCAGUAUGCAAAAUGUACAUACGGUGUAAGAUAGGAAAUCUUUUGUUUAAUAUAAAAACCAGGCUGUCGAUUUCUGCUGUACAUUAUUAAAAGUUUGUUUUAUUCA